AUGUUUGUGGAAUGCAGCGCAUUGGCACGUGUCUGGACUCUAGUGGGUGUGCCGACAGUGGGGGAUGCUCAUGGUAAUGUAAUUGAUUGGUUUUUUGUUUUAUUGUCUCGUUUGCAUGGUGAUCUAGUGGCAAAGUUUGCUAUGAUCUGUUGGGGUGUGUGGCAGAGCCGUAAUGAAUGUGUCUGGAACAGUGUUGCUUUUAAUGUGGAAUUGGUGGUUCACCGGGCACUCAGUUUCUGGUCUAGUUGGAUGAGUGUGAAUACUCACGGCCAGGCAGAACAAUCAGCGGCAGGGGAUGAAGGGUGGAAACGGCCUGAGGCGGGACGCAUUAAACUUAACACGGAUGCUUCUGUGUUACCGGACUCCAAUUCUAUGGGGUUGGGGUGGGUGCUCAGAGAUCAUUCAGGCUUAUUUUUAGCUGCAAAGAAUGUGUAUUUGGAAGGGAUUUAUACAGUGAAUGAGGCAGAGACAAUAUGUUUAAGGGAGGCACUGAGCUGGUUGAAGGACACAGGUAUGGGAAGUGUGGAUGUGGAGAUGGAUUCACAGAAUGUAUUUUAUUCUCUACAGGCAACUUCUUUUGAUUCUACUUUUGGUUUUUUAGUAGAUGAUGUUAAAGAAUUAGCAUCUAUGAUAGAUGAUGUUAGAUUCUGUUUUGUUAAACGAUCUGCGAACCAUGUCGCUCAUACGAUUGCUAGAGAGGCAUGUUCUACUGCAGGUUGUGGAGAGUGGUUUGAUGUCCCACCUUCUUUUCUUGUACCGCACCUAUCACGUGAUUUAAUGCAUUAA